AUGCGUCUCAACUACGUGCCUAAUCCACCGACAGACUUGUCACCCGAGGACCAAGGAGUCCUUGAAAGGGUCAAGGCUCGUCGGGGAGCUAUGGGCUUGAUCCCUCUCGAUCUAACUCUGCUUCAUGCCCCCAAAAUUGCAGAUGGUUGGAACGCCCUCCUCGGGGCCGUACGCACCAAGAAUUCAUUACCCGAUGAUAUACGCGAAAUCGCUAUCUGCCGGCCUGCAUUGUUCAACGAGGCUUGGUUCGAAUGGAACGCUCAUGCGCCAAUUCUGCUUAAGUCAGCAGGUUUUACAGAAGAGAAGUUGGCUGUCGUCCAGCAACUGCACCCGGCUUCCAAGGGUGCACUGGAUGACCGGCAGUGGGCGGUGCUGCGAUUCGCGGAUGCCAUGACGAGAGACAUCAAAGUUCCCCAGUCCUUGUUCGACGAGGUGAAAGCAUCAGGUCUCUCUGAGCAGCAAAUGGUCGAAUUGACCGCCACUGUUGCGAGUUACAAUCUGGUUAGCCGAUUCUUGGUGGCUUUGGAUGUGGGCGAGCAGAACGACAAAGUUCCCGAGUGGGCCAAAAAGUGA